UGUCUAAAUCAUGCUGAUUUUUUUCGCCCUUCUAGCUUUGCCUUUCUUCUGUGCUACACUGGCUUCCUCCAGAAGAAGCAAACUAGGCUCCAAAAUUUAAUUUGACUUUAUCAUGUUGAAACAAGAAUCUGUACUUGCAGCUGAAUUACAAGCAAGUCUCUGCAACCAUGUUCUUUUUUCAUACUCUAUCUUGUGCAAAUAGUUUGCACAUUUGUUGCACGUGUAAUCUGUAUUUUGAAAUCACAACUGCAGUGGGAUUUACUAUAAAUCUGAUGUCAGUGGUAAGUAUUGUGUUUACCCAUUAGUAUAUCAAAAAUUCCUUAGACAAAUUGGUUUCUCUACUGUUGAGAAGAAAAUAGCUUUAUGUAAGAGUCCAAACAAGAAAUUCCUAGUGCAGAAUGUGGUCAAUUUAUGCAAAGAGGCAUGGCAACUGCACACAAAAAUCAUUCCGAAAUUGUUGAGCUUCCAUGCAUUUGAAUACUCUUUAAUCAGGAACUGACGGUAUUUUGCUUUCUUCUGGAAUUUUUAUUUCAGAACAUAUCGACAUAUACAUUAUCAUAAUCAUUAGUUAUAAUCUCAUUUCUUGUGCUGUCAGUAUGAUUACAUUAUUUUUCUCAUCUGCUUUCAUUAGGUUGAAUUGUCUGUUCAAGCUCUAAUUUUAUAUUAAAAUAUUUUCAGAAAUGAGAGAGGGAACACAUUUUUACCAUUGAACCCAAUUAUUAAAACUGUAAACAUGAAACUUUAUUUGAAAAGAGGUAGAGGUCAAUGUACUUGUUACUUGGCUACUUGUUCAUAUUCCCUACACAAAAGAGCCCAGCAUUUCAUGUUUCUGAUGCUUAUUGGAGGCCAGCAAACACAUGGAAGGCUUGAGACUGGCAACAAUCAUAUGACAGCAUCACCACACAUAAGUAGAUAAUGAGGUUCUUGCUCCUGUUGUUGCCUUAAUACCGUACUGCAUAUAACUGUAAACUCUAUUUCUGUUCUCUUGCUAGUCUGAUUUUAAAAAAAACAUACAACAGGAGUAGUUCCAUUAGAGUCCAGGGAUAGAGCAGCACACAGAAUGAAUUGUAGCUGCUUGGAACAUGUUUAAGGUUUCUCCCUGAAAAUACCAAGACCCAAAACAAAACGUCUUUUAAGAAUGUAGGAAAUUCUACGGGAUUAGAAAGGAAAAAGUAUCCAUAGAUAAGGCAUCUGAUACUGGAGAACACAACAGCUAAUGUGGUACAGUGCAGCUAGUCCAACUAGUAUUUGUAAAAAUACUUUGUGUUCUUACUAACAGCUAUCACUUGAGAAUUUCAAAGUGCUGUACAAAUACAAGUUAAAGAAGGCUUUUGCAACCCUUGAAAGAUCCCCCAAAUAUUUCACUAAACAAUUACACUGUCAUAUUAGUAUGUCACUACGUCAAUUACAGCAGCUCCAGAACUUAGAGCAAAAGGGUGAUUUAGCAGGGGCAUUAACUAAUUCUAUAUAUAACUGAAAUCGUAAGGGGUAGCCUGUGAUAGAUUGUAGUUACAGCUGAACUGGAAUUUAGCAAUGCAGCAGUGACCUUUACCGGAGUGUGCGUCUGUGUCUUGUGCCUGUGAUUCCUUGCCAAAGAGAGGUCUGUUUUAGAAGUGUAUUUAAAGGACUGCCUUAACCAAGUCAUUGCCUUACUGUUGUUUUGUUUUGGGGUUUAAGCAAAGAAAAAAGGAGGUUUUGAUUUUUGUUUUCGUGGAAAAGCUAAAAACCAAACAAAUAAAACCCAUAAGCAAACGAGCUAAUCAAAAAUCUGAAUGAUAUUUUGCCUGAUGGUGACUGCCCUGAAUGGGAUUCUUCUGUGUACGUAUUUCUGAAGGUCCCUUACGUCCAAAGGUUUCUGACUCUGCUGGAUGUUUUUACUGAUUUCUGGUUUCCACUUCUGCCCCUCACCCCCCAAAUUUUGCUUUGAAUUGUGCGAGUGGCAUUGCUUCACAGCUCCUGCAUCAUUUUUCCCUUUGCUUUAGGGAAGAGAAGGGAGAGGUUUGAGCCUCAGUGCUAGGCAGAAGCAGAUGUACUCAGUCUCCUCUGCUGGUCCCGUGCAGCUGCGUGCUGUGAUGCUCUGAGACCCUGCGGGAAGGGCCCCGGAUCGGACGCGUGUGGAAAGGGGGAGGAUGGAGCAAGGCGGGGGAAUAUAUAUCAGUGGAUAGGCUUGUAACCCUGACUUGUGAUUGCUCACAAUGCUGGGAUUUGCAAACAUGCAAAAGGUCUUGCCAACAUCUUUUUUUUUUUUUUUUCUUUUCCCCUCUGCUUUAUUAACUCUUCUUCCCCUGGAAAAAAAAAUCAUUAGUAAAAGAAAAAUGGACUUCAAUACUAGGCAGACAGAAGGACUGGGAUGCUAACUUGACUGAUGUUUUCUUUAGGGAAAAAUGACAAAUCACAGCUCUUAGGAAGUGUUCCUUGCUUUUUAUUUUUUUCACUUGAGUUUCUCUAUCUGAGCCUGAAGAUUUUGUUGCAGAAAGCAUUCUGCCUCACCACAGAGCUAUUGCUGCCAUAGUUACUGAAAACUGCAUUAUGCUGUAGGAGCCGCCAGCCUCUGCAUCAGCAGUAGAAGUGUUUGGGGAAGAGGGGAGGAGAAUUGCACAAUAGGAUCCCGGAGAGCUGACGACAAAACAGGCUGGAAAAAAUGUGGAUUUACAGAUGGUUCAUUUAGCAUGCGUCAUGCAAACUUUGUGGAGAGAAAAAUGAGAUGGAAAAACAAUCCAGCAAUAUUGCAUUUCUAACAGCAGAGAGAUAGAUGCUGUGCAUGAAGAGUACCAGCAGAAACUGAGAGACCAGGAAGCUUUCCACAGAAAACAAAUUCAACGGCAGCAACUCUAUGUUGAGGAUUUAAAGCAGCAGAUCCUCAGAGGACAGAUCAAAGCAGAGCGGGAACUAGAAAAUGACCAAGCACUCAUCAACCAGCAGAUCCAAGAAAACCAGCAGUGGCUUAUAAAUGAGAAUAACCGACUAGCUGCCCUUCAGCAACAACAGAGGGAGUUUGCAGUGCAAACAGAAUCUGCACUGUAUGCAGAGGCUGAGGUGCAGAGUAGCAUUGGGCAGGAAAUCUGCCCUUCCCUGCUACAGCAGAACAAGAAGAGACUGGUGCAGCUGGAGCUCUUGCGAAGGUACUCCUUAAAAAAGGCAGAAAGAAACAUCAGACGGAAAAAGGUCAAAUUCCAGCUGGAAAGGAUAGUCAAGAAGCAGAAAUUAUUGGAAGCCAAACAAAAUCUAGAGCAGCUGGAAGCUAGCUGCUGGCUCAGUGAAGUGUGUGUGAAACAACCCCGAGUCCUAAACCAAAAUAUUGCAGUACAGGCGUCUCGGGAUCACCCAUUACAAAAGAGGAGGAGGUCAUUGGGUUCAAGUUCCUUGCAACACAGGCAGCAUUCAUUCUGUAACUUCCAUCUGCCCCAGGUACCCAGCUGUUUGUUGAAGGGGGAGACUAUCUCACAGUUAUCUACCUCACCAAAUACCGAUCAAUGCUGUGAAGGCAAUGCAUCUGAGAAGUUGUCAUCUGUAGGAUAUCCUUUCAGAAAAGUUAAAGAUGUUUCCAGGGAUGAUGACCUUAAUGAUGAAAAAGGUAUCUCCUUUUUAGUACAGAAGCAGCUAACUGAAAAACAAAAAGGAUCCUCAUUUAGAAGUAAAAAAAGAGCAGAAAGGGACUCUAAUGAUUCAGCUAUCAUGCCUCAUACCAAUAAAAAUUAUCAAAAAAUUGAAAAGCUGGAUGAUAGCACAGGGCAAGCUGGAUGUCAAAAACAGACUUCUAAGGGCUCUUCUCCUGAUCAUUUUAAGGAGAAAGAUGAGCCUCAAACCUUCAUUACAGGGACAAGAAUGACAAAAGCAAAGGUGCCAGGAGAUUUGAGUCAGCCUGCAAAUAGCUAUCUAGAACAAAACAGAGCUCAGGUAUCCAAUAAAAAGACUAGAAUGGAUAUCAAUGGGAAGCACCAUAGUUCUUCUCCAGAAAAUUUUGCUAAAGAAAUGAAGAAAGAAGUAGUAUAUGGAAACCUGCCAUCAGCACAUCUAAACCAAACAGCCAAGAAUCUGAAGAGAGAGCCAACCUCAGCCUUUCAUGAGAAGUCAUCAGUGGAACAGCAGGAGUUUCUGAUGGUAGCAACAUCAGUUGGAAAUCUCACUAAGAUGAACACACAGGCACCACUCUCUUACGCUGAAAAAAAAUGGCACAGUGCUGAGCUGUUAAGCGCUGGAGUGUCCAAAACAGCCACAGAUAUGCUGGGGAACUGGCAAGAAGAUGAUGAAAAUGAGAUUUCUGAUACUGACAGUUCCUAUUCUGUAGAUUCACUCUCCUGUGCUUAUGCAAAAGCUUUUGCAGAGAAACUGAAACAAGAAGAUUUCAGCAGAAAUAAAUGUUUUGCCAACCCAGAAGAUUCUGAGAGCGAUGACAGUCAAAUGUCACAAGACUCUCUGGUAGAAAAGGAAAAUAAAGUCAAAAUGCGAAAUAAAAGCCAGUUUCACAAGUUAAAGGCCCCCCAUCAGCCAGCUAGGCUUUACAAAAGCAGAACUGAACACCAUCUUUCAUCUUUGGUGACAUCCUACGCAUCACAUAGGAGACUGGGAAGGGCCGAAAGAAGCUUUUCUCUGGACAGCUUGGGUGAUGGAGAAGAAGUACCAGCAGAAGACCCAGUAGAAGAAUCCAAAUCUGAUUCAUCUGAUGAAGUGCCAGCAGAGAUUUUUUGGAAGUUACAAACUCCAACAUUACCAACUAUACGGACUGAGGAAGACUGUGAGUCCAAGAUCUGCGAUAGAGAUACAGAAGGAACAAAUUACGACCUGAAGCUGAGUAGUUCCUUCUAUUUGGACACUAAAUCACAGCCUGCUUCCAGUAAUGCAUGCAAGCAGUUUCUGAAGGAGGCAACGGUCUCUUUUGUACAACAGGAAAGGUCACUCGAUAGAAGACUGUAUUAUGGUCUUCCUGUGGCUGCUCAGUCUUCCUGUGACUCAAAGGUUGAAAUCGGCAGCCCCAGAAUAACAGUACCUUCUUCCCAUGAAAAUCUGGAAUUUCAAAAUGCUCGUCUCUACUCUUUGAGCAAACCAGAGGGUUGGCUGAAGAAAGAUGACCUAAAACAGUCAGCUGCUGAAUUUUCUUUUGUUUCUGGCUCUAAGCAGAUACACAGCAUUACUCAUUUAUCGCAUAGUAUAAAGGAAAUAAACUCAGCUUUCUCCUCUGACACAUCAGAAAUACCUUUACCUGAAACAACAACAGCUGCAAGCAGAGUUUCUGAGAAUGGAUCAUUAAAUAGGAUUACUGAAGAAUGGACAAAUGCUAAUGAAAAUUCUCCCUUGGAAUCUCAAGACAUAACAUCCUCAUUUGUUAGUUCAGUAGGACCAAGCUCUUCGUUUGUUUGCAUUUCAGCAAAACCUGAUUAUUAUGAACAUUCAAUGUCAAAUCAUCCUGAACAAGAACAACUGAAUGAAUUAUCUACUUACAGGUCUACCACUGAAUGCACACAAACAUUCGGCUGUUUGGAAAGCACCUCCACUGCAGACUGCUUGUCACUGGUACCUGGAAAAGAAGAGGAUUCUCUCCCUACAGUUCAUCCAGAGCUGCCAAAAGAUCACAAUCUGGAAAAAGCACCUUUUAUUUCUGUGUUGCCUGUGCAUGUUUUGGAGCAGAGGAAUGGGUAUGUAGAUUCAGAUUUAGAAGAUGAUUUCUUCAGAAAUAUUGAAAAAGAUGACCUAGAUGAUGACUACAAUAACUUGACAGAAUCAAAGAUAACAGAUUUGAACACUGGAAGUGCAUCUGUCAAUUCACCUGCUGCUGAAUCUUACACAGGACUUGCUUAUAACAUGGCCUCAACACAAAGUUCUGCAGUAAAACAAGUUCAGUUUGGAAACCAUGUGCAGCUUUUUCCGAGAAGGGAAAUACCAACAUGUUGUGAUGAAGGUUUCUUUCUCAGUAACUUAACAAAUCAGAACUGCUCUCUAGGAAGCAUUUAUGGGCUUCAGGUAUUGGCUAGACAAGGAGCAGAAUCAGCUGUUGCACUAGGUCUCCUCAGGUCUGGGGAGAGUAAUUUGGAGACAAUGCAAGAUACAGAUUAUGAACAAAUAUCUGCAGAAGAAAUAACUGUAGACACAGAUUUUUCCUCAAAGAAGGUAACAUAUAAGUGUAACCCUUUAGUUCUUGCUUACAGUGCAAGUUAUGACCAAUCUGCAACACCAGUAGAGUUGUCUCAAAAAGAGAAAAUCUGUAUGGAAACAAGCAUAGAUAGCUUGGCAGAGAUUAUGUCAGAAGCACCUUCAUUAAGGGAUGAAGAAGACUACGAACCAAAGGAUCCAGAGUUGUCUUCAUCGAAUCAUUACGAAUUCAAAAGCAAACCUGUUCCAAAAAAUUACUCCCCUGAAUGUGUGGUAGCAGAUGGUCCUGUAGGCUGCUUAUCCCAACAUAUUUCAGAAAACCCUACAUUGUGCGCUGACAAUAUAAAAGCAGAAAGCAGUGAAAGCAAUUCUCAGGCUGUAGUUCAGAAGGAGUUUGUACCCAAAUACAAAAACCUAAUGGUAAAUGAAGCAAGUUAUCUCACGGUGAAUGUAAACGGGAAGGACACUGAGUCCUUCCCUGCUGCUGUUUGUGAGAGUGUAAAUAAUUUGCUCCCAGAAUCCAAUUCAAGUGUAUUUUACCAAGCUUCACCAAAAGUUAAUCUUUUUCAAAGUGCUUCUGAGACUGAAAACUGUGAUAAAUUAUUGGAGCAUGUCACAAUAGUGAAAGGAGAUUAUGAUGCUACAUCUAAUCAUACUAUGGAAGUCAGUACCACAAAAAGUUGUUCUGACAUAGAUUCCAACUGCCUUUGUACCACAUGUUCUUCAAAAUCAACAGGGGAGAAGAACAGUAUGUAUAAGCUGACUGACAUUUCUGUGGAAUUUGAUGCAACCAUUCCAUUGGAAACAAAAACAAAGAAUAAAUCUUUACUUGAAUUAAGAGAAGAGAAAGAAGCCUGUUUUGAAAGUGAUUGCCUGGAGGAUAUUUUACUUGUUGAAGAUCAUGUAAACUCAGAAUUGGGAAGAGUAUUUGAAUACAACACAAAUAAGUUGGCUACUGUUUCUCAAGAGGAGAGUCUGUAUAUAAAUAAAGAAUACAAGUUUUUAAGAAACCCAGAAACUGAUCCAGAAGCAGCUAUGGUUCCUUAUCAGAAUACAAAAGCCAACACUGAUGAAGAAGAGACAAAGUUGAUGAAUAGUGCAGUCAACUUAGAAAAAAACAUGUUGGAAAUUAAAUCUGGACAGGUAGAAAGUUUACCUGAAUACCCAGUACCCAAAGCCCAAAGUGUAACUGCCGAUAGGAGUGCAGAGAAUUUUACAAGCAUCAAUCUAUCUCAAAAUCCAAAUAAACCUAUUGAUAUUGUAGCUUCUGAAGUUCAAUGUGAGGUUUAUACAAACCUGUGCCUCACACAUGAAGAGGCAGAGAAAGAUGAAUCACAGGUAGGUAGCACUGAUGUGGAACACACUCAGGAAUCAAAAGCACUCAUGUGUUCUGAUAGCUGUCUUAAAACAAAAAGCUUUUGCCCAAAAAAGGAAAGUGAGAAAAUAGAAAUUGCUGUUUAUUCACCGGAGCUUUCUGUUUCUCCCCAAAACACUCCUUCAGCUGUGUGUUCCCACACAACAGAUGUUACACAGGAUACGUUAGGCUUCCUUGAUGACUGUGAAGGGCUUUUACAGAGAAACAGAACAAUAGAAAAUGUGUUUGAUAUGGAGGACGUAGCUGCAACAGUACUAAUCACAGGUAGGCAAGGAAAUAUUUUAGAAAAAAAUGAAAAUGAAAAGCAAGUAGAGUCUAGCAAUUUAACUGAACAUUUUAUACCAAAUUGCUUACCCCAUGAAAACUUUGACCAGGAAAACAAGGUUAGUGGAUGUGAAGUGACUGAGAGCGAAGAACAAAUUAUCAUGACAAACACUGAGGGACCGAUUAUUAUGAAGCAAGAAGACAUAUGUACAGACAAAAAUGUUUUAUUUCCUGAAGAGUUUCCAGCUCUGCAUCAGGUGAAUUGUGAUAGAGAUGAUGAAGAAAUUUUAAAUCAGUAUGAGAUCCCUGAAAGAUACCUUACAGGUUCAGGACUAGAACAGAACAUGCUGUCAGUAGAUGAUUCACAAUACUGUGAUCCUAUUGAAAUGAGUGAAGAUCAUGGCUCAGUGGACUCUGCUACAGAUACAAGAAACACAGUGAUGAAAGAUAUCGAUGUAUAUGAAUGUUCAGUUGAUGAUAGUAUUAAUAUUGACAAAUACACAAUUGGGCAAGAAUCUAAACGUCUCCACGUUAAAGAGGACAGCCACACGUAUAUGAGUUGCUCUGUACAAUAUCCUGAGCAUGGUACUUCAGAAAAAUUGAAUGAAAGUAUCAUUAGAAAACAUGAAAUUUGUGGACUGGAUUCCAUAGGCUCCAGAGUUGUUGAUGAGAAAGUGCAUUUGAUGAAUCUAAAUCAAAUGGACAAAACAGACAGAGAAAGGCAGAUGUUUUUGGAAAACACAGAGGAGGUAGAACUGAUCAUUUUACAAAACCUCAGUGAACUAUUCCCUGAAAAUAAAGACAGUUGCCAUAAUGACAGUAGACUAGAUGAAAUCUUAAGAGAAAGCCAGUGGGUGUCUACCAGCUUUUCUGGAAGCAAUGACGAAACCAGCAAGCAGCAAAAUCCACCAGCAACACUGAAGGCUACCGAAAACAUCCAUGAAGAUUCAGAUAAAGACUCUCUGUGUCAGUCUGUAAAUCAACUUUUCUAUCUUGGAGUAAGUGAUAAUUCCCAUGUUGUUCCAGAUGUUCCCACUGCAUCAGAAGGGCAUACAAAACAGUCUAAUAGCUGUGCUGGAACUGGAGCGGUUCUUCCUUACUAUGAAACACUAGUGGAGAAUGAAGUCUGUGUCAGUACUCCAGGUAAAACAGUCAACAAAGUGGGAGCUGACACAUCUAUUUCUGAUAAGAUUCAAAGUAGAAAUGAAGCUUUCCUGCAAAACAGGACCACACUGGACAGACAGGAGGAAGAACCCUUUGUAUUUAACAAUACACCCAAUUCUGCACCUGGGCAACCCGUCAGUGAGAACAGCCCUUCUGUGCCCUAUUGUGUGGGCGGUGAUGAAUCUGAAACUGUUGCACUUAAGCAAGGAGCAGAAGAAAAUCCAUUUUCCUUGGAAAAAACAGAUUCGUCUGAAGAUAUAAUUCAGGAUAUUAGCAACUCCCAUGAAGAACCCAGUGUGGAUUUAAUGGUUAACAAAAUAUCAAAAGACUGCUUUAAUUCCAUAGAGGAACAAUAUCAAGAGGAAAAGGAUACCAUCAUGCCUGAUUCACUGCACUUAGAUAAUUCAAACCUGCUUUCUUCUUCAGAGAAAGAAGCGAUGGAAGAUGCAGGGGAAAAAGCAAAGCAUUCUACACUGGAAAUCUCUUCUCAAAAAAUGUUUCACAAUAUUAAUAUGACUGAGACAGAACUUCACUCAGGGAGUCUAUCACAAUGUGAUGACAAGGAGAAAUGCUUAAACACAAGUUGUAGUAUAACAAGCAGUAAAAAUGAUAAUGCGGGGUUUCCUGGUAUAUCUGGAUAUCAGCAUGAGCCAAGAGAAAAUGAGGGACACAGGACUUCAGAAGAGUGCUGUGUAGACUGUCCAGAGAGCCCCAUUUCUGAGAACAUGCCUACCCUUUCAGAAAGUCUGAACAAGCCUCUGUGGGAAAAUCCACAUUCUAAUAAAGAGCUUCUAAAUUACAAGAGCAACCCUGGUCUCAUGCAUAGCCCAGUAUCUUUUGCAGAUUUUUUGUUUGACAGCAAUGGAGACAAAUGUAAAAAUGAUGCUGUUCUCUCUGAAGAAACAAAAUACUUUGAAAGAGAAUCAACUGAUUUAAGCGUAUCUGUAACUUUUCCUGAUGUUUCUCAAAAAGGAGAUGAAAGGAAUAAUAAUUCUGCAGUAACAGAGGCCACAGAUGCUCGGAAUAAAAAACUCCCUGAGGAAGCUGUGGGAACAGAUCAAAAUGGGAAAAUAAUUCAAGGUUCUUUCCAGAAUUGCAAUGAUACUAAAGAAAACAAAAUGCACAAGUACUUAGAGCACUACAGUAACACUUCUAGUAUGACUGUACCAGAAUCAGGCAUGCUUGCUUUUCAAAGCCUAGGGAAGAUUGGCAGUAAAGAAUCAAAGUGUCUUCCAACCUGCUUUGCAGAAGAUGCUCCAACAGAUAAACUGUUUCAAAGCUCUAAAAAUUUCAGUGCUUUCAAUACUUGUUUACUUGAUGACUCAAAAUCUCUAAUAUUUAGUCAUCUUGAGGACUCACUUCAGGACACCAUUUUGACCGACCAAGUAUCCUCAGGUUCUGCAGAUGUGCAGUCUGUGAAAGAAGAUUUUCCCCAAACAUGUGCAAAAGUUAAUUACCCAUCCUUAACAGCAUUUUCAGAAUCUUCUUCAGCUGCAGAUACAGACCAUGGUGUAACUGGCACGUGUGGUAUUUCACAUACCAGUAUAUUAAAACAUCCUCCAUUUGCUGUUUUACAAAUGCAAGACACUCAGUCUGAUAAGUCUGUGGUAUUUGAUGAGCCAGUACAUGCUUCAGGAAGUAUUUUACUGUCUCUUGCAAAAGAAAACAGGCAUUAUCCAGUAUCAGACACAGACUCUACUUUGUAUGAAAGUUCCACUGUAGAUGUGGAACCUAUAUAUGGAAGUAAUUGUCAACAAUUUGACAAUGAUAACAAAGUUGAUCAGCAACACUGGGGUAAAGUUCUAGCACAGAAAGCUUGCACGGAACACAUGAAGAAAGUUUCGGAUGAUGCUGAUUCUCUGUCAUUAUCAUCAUUACCUCUUUGGGAUACUGGAAGGCCAAUUCUGGUUAAAGAGGGACAAAUGAGAAAAAUACUUAACAGAAAUGAGGAACAACUGCAUUCAAGUGCUGAGGCUGAACAAUCUGUAGUAAAGAAAAAGCAAAGAAAAUCAGUAAAUAGAGAAGCUGAAAAGCAAACUAGGGUAUCUUCAAAUUCUACAAGUGAAUUAAUAGACCCACAAGAUGUAACAGAUACAUAUUUUCCAGGAGAUGUUAACGUGGAUCCUGAACACAUGUGCGAUUCAUUUGGUCCAGCAAAGAGCAGAAGCAGUGAUCCCAGACAACUGUAUCACACUGUUUUAGGUUUUGAAAAAAGUCCUGCAGAUCUGCAAGGCAAUUGUCAUUACGUGCCUACAGGUGGUGCUAAUUCAGGUCAAACAAAUACAGAUGGUAGAAAACGGAUUUCACUUUGCAAAAAUAAUGCAGAUUCAAGUAUUGAUGCUGAUGCAGACAGUUGUUCAACAACAGGAGAUGAUACAAUGAAGAAUGAGACUCUGAAAUCAGAAAGACUCAAGUUUUCUUUAAUGAAUAAUGAAAUGAACCCCUUAAAAUUUUUAACAGAAGACCAUGAUUUGCCUACGCAAGAAUCCAAAUUGGUACAAUUCAGGAGCAAAAGGUCAUGGUCUACUACCCAGAAUACAAACAGCUGUAAACAAAGUGAACAGAGACCUUAUCUACAAAGUCAUAGACUAUCAGCCCCAGCUAUUGCUGUGUUCUCUGAUCUAGAUUAUACUUCUGAAGCUUCAUCUAAGGUAGAUCAUUUGUUAUAUUCUGCAUCUAAAUCGUUACAAGAUUUAAAUAUGAGUGUAGAGCCUCCAUCACCAACUGAAGAUGAUCUUCACGGAAUUGAAAGAUUUUCAAAGCAGGAAUCAAAGAACUUCCUGCAGGUUAAAUCUAAACCCAGAUUUCAGCAAAGAACGACACAGACUAAGAAGCUUGCAAACUGUGAUCUAAAAAAUGUACAUUAUGCAGCAAGAACCCAAAGCAGCCAGUCUUUAAAAGACAGUACUAUUCAUUCUCCAUCUUUACUGCACACAGCUUACAGCUCUGUGGGUGCAGAAGAAAAUACCCAUUCAAAGAGCAGUUCUGUAGCUCAGUGUAGUGAAGGGAGAGUUGAAGAAGCUGGAUACCAGCCGGGAACAGAUAAGUUUUCACACGAUGAUAAAGAUGCAAUGCAUUUUAAUUCAAGUGAUAUCAACCCAUAUAUUCAUCUGUGGCAACAAGAUGAAUUGUGCAAGAUUGGUUGGAAGCAGUAUGUUUUUGGAAGUGCAAGUGAUGUGUCUUGCAAUCAAAUGCCUUUAAACCUGGACAGUCGUAAAGUUACUAGAUGUUCCAGUGUGGACAAUGGAUUGAAUUCUCAGAAUUCGCCUUUUCAUUCUCAUCUCAGUUCAUAUGCUACUGCGAAAGUUUUGUCGAGCACUUUAAGCAGCAUUGAAGGUCUUCAAGGAUGGGAUGUCAGACAAGGCUUUGAAUCUGCUUACUCAAGUGACAGUACCAAGCAGUAUAGCAAUGUAUCCAUUGAAACACUGAAAACUAAUCCAGAAAAUAACACUGCUGAAUUUGAUAACCCUUCUGCGCAUCCUGGUAACUCUGCAAUGCAGGUUGAUGAAAUUGUGUUAUUAUAUCCUUCUGAGUCAGAAAGGUCUUCCAAAAAAUCACCAGGAAUUACAUGUGAGCAGGGAACACAAACAGUGGCUACAGCAAGGUAUAAAAGGCAGAGAAGACACCAGAGAAGCUACACAGACGUUUCUGCCAGAAAGCAGGAAACAAACAGAGAUUUACUUCAGCAACAUUCUUCUUGGACAAGUAUGCAGAACCUGUCCAUGCACCUGUCACAGCUUAUCCAGAACACUUCUGAGCUGUUGGGAAACCUCUCCCAACAAAAUAUUAUAGAUAAUGAACAAAAUGCCAAAAUAAGCCAAAGAAAAACUGAAGAAGGUGCAAAAGCUGCUAGAUCGGAUAGCUGCACUCAAACUACAGCAGAUAUAGGCACUCAAACUGAGAUUUUGGAAGAAAUGAGGAACAAAAGCAAACAUGAAGAAAAACAAGUGCAGGUAAAAAUGGAAAAUGAACUGAGGGCAGCUCGAGCAGUAAACUGUGAUUUGGAAGGAGUAGGUGCAGAUGUAGGUAAGGUUCCCAAAAGGAAGGAGGAAACUCUUGCUCUUGAAGAAAGAGCACAAGAACAAACAGAGAUGAGAAAUCUGGACAAUCCUGACUUCCAUGACAGUCUUGACAGCAUUUUAGAAGAUUCCUUUAUGCGUCUGCCUUUUUUACCCAGAGCCUCUACUCCGACCUUAGAUUUUCAAAAAACAUCAUUAAACACACAGCAGAAUGCUGCUUUUGCUAGUACCAGAGUUUCUUCUGUCACAUCAUCUUCACUGAGUUCAGGGAAAGAUGAUUCUUCAUGCACUGUUGUUAGCAGCCCUACUAAUAGCACCUUUCAAUCUCCGGCAUCUUAUACUCAGGAUAAAAGAAGUGUCAAUGAACCAGAGCUUCCAGUAGAAAGAAAACUUCGUUACAAAAAUACGCUGUUAGUGGAUAGGGCCUCCUCUCCUAUUCUUACUCUUAGUGCUAGCCCCAAAAGCCAGAAUGCUUUCAGUAAGCCUACCUGCUCUAUUAAGGAACCUUUUGGAUAUUCCGGUGACACUUUAAGUCCCCUUCACAGUCAGAGAAAGAAAAGGUCGGGUCCGCAGUCUGGCAUGGAACCUCACGUGGACAAUUUUUCACAGACUGAAACAGAUAGUGAAUCAAGCACUUUUAGAGACAGCAAGGGCAUAAGAAACACAUCUGGAGGUUUCUCAGAUAAGAAAGCACCCAAAAAGUUUUUAGGAAAGGAUGGUUCAGAAGAUGUGGAACACCAACAUAGAUACACUGUUGGUGCACACACUACAAUUUGUGCAAAACGACUAUAUCACUCCAGUAGUAUGUUAGAGGUCUCUGGCCAUACAGAGGUUUUAACAGGUGAUGUUAGAGACUGCAAUCCACUGGCACGUUCACUUCGUUGCACGUACGUCACAGGGGGAGGAAGAGGUUCUUUAGGUGGAAUUAGACAUGAAAAUUAUGUUGGUAAUUCUGAUUCUGCAUUGAUUCACAACUACUCACCUCCAAAAUCUGACUUACUUUUUCAUCAAAAAAGUAGCGCCACGUGUUUAAGUAAGGCAAGCAUUAACGAGUCCUCAGAACCUCUGGUAGAAGCAUCUUCUCUACAAUUUCGUGACUUCUGGAAAAAUGAAAGCAGCUGCCCUCUCCUCUCUGAUGUGAGCGAUGUGCAAACUUCCUUACAAGAUGACAACACAAGUUCUGUCACUGAAACUGAAUGUGACACCGAAAUUCCUGCGAACAAAAAUACUUUUGUAAAGCCUUAUAGGCCUCGGAGCUACAGUCUUCGUGACUUACCCAUACACAAUAAAUUCAGCAACUGGUGUGGUGUGAAGGGCAGUCCUCCUCCUUCGUUACUCAGCCUGAGUGGCAGUGCAACUGACUUACAAAGUCAGGCAGAAACUAAACCUGGAAGCAAACAAGCAAUGGAAAUAGAAGGGAAAUCCCAGCUUUGUGACAGCAGAAGCAGAGAGAUUGAGAGGCUUCAGAGAGAACGUGCUCAGAUUAUGUCUGGCAUACACCUGGAUCUGCAUCAGCAUCCCCUUAGUGUGGAACUGACCGAAGCAAAGCUGAAUUACGGCAUUGGGGAAACGGAUGCGCUGCUGAGGGUUCUGCAGAGUGGAACUGCAGAUGACCUGAUGGCCAUUCCAGUAAAGCAACAACUUUAUGAAAGACACAUGAGGACUAUUGAAACCCUGAGGAAGGAAAGAGAAAAAAGGCUGCAAAGAUACCACAGAAGCCGAAGUCUGAGUCCUCAAAAGCAUUUCAGUCUGUUGCAAACACUGGAUGCUAGUCACAGGGAUCUAGAGCUCCCUAGCAGACGCCGAGAAUAUCUGCAGCAGCUGAGAAGAGAUGUGGUGGAAAAUACAAGAGUUCAAGAACCAAAAAGAAGAAGCAUUCAGCACCCUUCAGAGAUUGAACUGAUGCUCAGAGACUAUCAGAGGGCACGAGAGGAAACCAAAACUGAGAUUGCACGAGCUAGGGACAAACUUCGGGAGAGAGCUGAGCAAGAAAAAAGACGUAUAAGGGAGCAAAUAUUUUCUCAGUUACAGAAGGAAGAAGCAAGGCUGAAGACUCUCGCAAGUACAAGCACUUUAUGUACAGAAUCCAGCCUCAGCCUCUCCUCUGGCCCAACGUCUGGUUACAACAGUAGCAAUACUGCUGCGUAUGCUGCCAGUAAACUCAGCAGCUGGGAUGGACAGGUUUCUUCUGGAAAUGCAUUGCUUUCAAGAGAUGCACGAGGUCGUUCAGCUGUUAGAAACAGUCAACUUUAUAUGUUAGAGCAACUACAGAAGGAUUCAACGUUGGAAGCCAGCAGAAUUCAGCCACCCCUUCCUUCUAGUAGCAUCAGCUGUAGGUUCACCCAUGGAUUAACUAUUUCAGUCAGCUCCUCUUCAACAAAAGGAUACCAAGAUUUAGCCAAACAUAUCUUGGCCAAUGCUACCACUGAGGUGAUGGCAGCAUGCUCUCAGAACCUGAGGAAUCUCUACACGUGCCAAGCAGCAGGUGGUUGGAAAUACCAGUGUACAGAAAAAGAGGUGCUGGUUUACUACAAAGUCUUCCCUUCGGCAACAAAGCAUGGAUUCUUAGGAGCAGGAGUGAUAGAAAGACCUCUCCCGUCUGUGUGGGGACUAGUGAGAGAUCCUGGCAAAAGGCAUCUGUAUGACAGAACCAUCAACACAGCUCGAAUACACAAGAAGGUAACCAGCCACAUCCAGCUGGUAUAUUUAGUGACCGAUACCUCACUGUGUUACCUAAAGCAACCCCGGGACUUCUGCUGCAUCACUGUAGAAGCCAAAGAGGAGAACUUGUCUGUCUUGGCUAUUCAGUCUGUCUACGACGCUUCAAUGCCUCACCCUUGUAAAGACGUGGUGAGAGGGGAAAUUCUGCCAAGUGCCUGGAUACUGGAACCCGAUGUAGUGAAUGGAAGAGAGAUCACCAGAGUUAUUUAUAUGGCACAGGUGGAUCUUGGUGCUCCAGCUAUCCCAGCAAGGCUCCUGAGUUCCAUUGCAAAGCGCCAGCCUCUGGUCAUUGCUCGACUAGCACACUUUCUUGCUAGUUAGCAUUUAGAAGAAACCAGAAUAUUUAAGAGCAUGUGAAAGAUCAUCAAGAGACGCAAGCAUCCGUAAGGGUAAUGUAAAAUACUGGCUCAUAAGACAGGCACAGUCAAACCUUACUUGAGGAGUCUUGUUGGUAACUUUGGACUAUACAAAGGUACAGUUU